GCGCCGGCUCACGGGGAUACCUAACAAGAAUGGUAUAAAAGUACGCGCCUACACACUGACCAUAUCACUUGCCGCACUGAACUUAAUACAAUAAAAUGACAGCUAAGAUUCUAGUAUUCCUGUGCGCGGUUGCGGCCGCCCGCGCUGGAGGCUUAUACGGAGCUUCUUAUGCUGCUCCCGUUGCCUCGUAUGCCUCAUAUGCCGCUGCUCCAGUUGCCUCAUACGCAACAUACUCAUCUGCUCCUAUCUACAAGAGCUAUGCAGCUCCUGCCUACUCUGCAUAUGCCGCUCCCGCCGUGGCGUACUCCGCACCCGUCGUGAAAGCCGUCGCACCUGCAGUGUCGACAGUCUCAUCUUACUCUACACACACAGCUCACGCUACUCCAGUUGUAGCUAAGACCAUCGCCACUUACGCCGCCCCCAGCUAUGCUGCGACUUACGCCUCUGCCCCCAUCUACAAGAGCUACGCUGCUCCCGCUAUCUCGGCAUACGCAGCCCCUGCCUAUUCUUAUGCUGCUGCCCCAGCAGUUGUAAAGAGCUACGCUGCUCCAGCGUACGCAUACUCCGCCCCUCUUAGCUACGCCACACACGCCGCUCCCGUCGCAACAUACGCUGCUGCUCCCGUGCUCAAAUCUGCUGUCACAUACUCAGCUGCGCCUGCCAUCGCGUACGGUGGUCUCGCUGGCCACGGCUGGGUUGUAGUCUUCUUGUGUGCAGCGGGCAUCGCUUCCGCUGGUAAUCUCCUUCAUGCUGCGCCCUUGACUUACAGCGCCCCGGUGUCCUCCGUGUCUUACUCUUCUCAAACAACUUCUCACGCAGCCCCGAUUACCACUUACGCCGCCCCUGUUGUUGCGAAAGCAAUCUCUCCAGCCGUAUCUUACCAAACUAUCAACACUCACGCAGCGCCCGCUAUCACUACGUACUCUGCCGCACCCGCCCUGACUAAAACGAUCUCUCCUGCUGUAUCGUAUUCGUCACUUAUUCACUCAGCUCCCGUUUCUUAUGGUGCAUCCCCAGCUGUAUCCUACUCUUCAGUAGCACAUACCGCCCCACUUGCCUACACAACUGGCCACGUUCUAACCAAGACCUUAGCCACCCCUGUGUCCUAUUCGUCAGUCGCAAGUCACACUUCGCCAGUGACUUACUCUGCCAGUCCUGUUUUAACGAAGACUAUUGCGGCUCCUGCAGUAACUACUUAUGCUGCUGCUCCAGCUAUUUCACACUACGCUACAGCUCCUGUACUGAAGUCUGCUGUCACAUAUUCAGCUGCUCCAGCAGUUUCUCAUGUCACCUACACUGGAUUAGGAGCUAGCUACGGGUGGCAGAAUGUUCUCCAAGUUCCUUACCACCAUAUAAAAGCAUCUGUUACUGCUGUGAAUAUCAUUCCAACGGUAACAACGGAACUAUUAAACAUGUAUUCAAAGGUGAUAAUCUUCUUGUGCGCCGCCGGAAUCGCCUCGGCUGGUAAUCUCCUUCACGCAGCACCGGUCACUAGCUACGCAGUGGCUCCAGUUGUUGCUAAAGCUGUCGCCCCGGCCGUCUCUUAUCAGACUAUCUCUACUCACGCCGCACCUGCCUUCACUACUUACUCUACUGGUCCAGUGGUGGCUAAAGCCAUUUCACCAGCCGUUUCCUAUUCUUCAGUCGCACACUCUGCUCCUGUAGCUUAUGCAACCAGCCCUGUUACCUACUCGGCCGCUCCCUCUGUGUCUUACUCUUCAAUUGCGCAAUCUUCACCACUUGCGUACGUCUCUAACCCAUACGUAACUAAGACCUUAGCUACUCCAGCUGUGUCUUACUCUUCAGUGGCAAAUCAUGGUGCACGUGUGACCUAUGCUGCCAGUCCUGUUAUAACCAAAUCUAUCGCGGCUCCAGCUUACACUACCUAUGCUGCUGCUGCUCCCGCCUACUCAACCUAUGCUGCUGCUGCUCCCGCCUACUCAACCUACUCUACUGCUCCAGUACUCAAGUCAGCAAUCACUUACUCAGCUGCCCCUGCAGUAUCCCACGUUACCUACACAGGUUUGGGAGCCAGCUACGCAUGGUAAACAACCAAAGCCAUUGGAAAUAUGUAAAUAUAAUAAUAUAUUGUUGCACGUAUAUUGUUGAAAUGUAAAUAUUUAUGGACAGUCAAUAAAUGAUUAUACUGUGAAAA